GAACCGCUACUUUUUUGUGUACAGAACAACCUUGCAGCAGUUCGUUUUUGGUCUUGCGUUUGUUUGCAGUCCCCAAAAAUCAACGAAUCCGGCAGUCUUCUUGCUUUAUUUACGGACGCUACGCAAAAACACAACCUCAAGAACCUUUGGACCGUAUGUGGCGAGUGUAGCAAAAGGACAAGACGCGCGCUUUGUUGGUGGUGCACACAACAAAACACACUUUUUGUAACGGCCUGCGUAGGUCGUUGGCAAGACUCGAGUCUUUUUGUUUUCUUUUCCUUGACGUUUGGUGGUGGGUCUUGUUGUGUUGUGCUGCACCCACACAGACUCGUGCAGAGUUCCUUGUCUGCCCUCUGGUCAAGCUCCCUGGAAACGAAGCGCCUCAUCUCAUUCCUACCAAUCUCCGGGCCUCACAACUCUAAACAAUUCGUCUCCGGUGCCUGCCACGGCAACAAUCCUCGAGCGCCAUCCACGUCUCGCCCUACCCUGCACCGCCCACACCCGCUCCCGACAGUCUUCCCGGAACCGUACUUAUAGAAGAGCCGGAUACUGUAUCUCACCCAACAACGUUUGAUUCUCAUAUCCAAUCCAAUAGAAUGCCUGGAUUAGAAAGCGUGAUUACGCAAGUACAGCCGCCGGCGGCUGAAAGUGGAGAUGAUGGACCUGCAGGAAUCAUCGCGUCAGUAAGGCCGAAUGCAGAAGGUAAUGCAAGCGCUGCAGCCACAAGUGCAAACCAGACCGGAUCUUCCUCGAGCGCCACCCCACCAGCUGCACAGCCCCCGCCGACCCAUCCGCCGCCAACACCAAAUUCUCAAUCUUCUGCCCAAGCCAAUGUCCCCUCUGGAUCCAGUUCCGUUCGUUCCAAUCGCUCAUCGUGGAAAUCCGUUAUUGCCUCGAUUUUCGCAUGCUGUUAUCCUGAUAUCACGCACAGCGAGGUCGAUGUGGAGAAAGAUAAGAGGGAAGGACAUGCGUUGGCUAAUACAGCUGGGGGGACUGUGGGUAUUAGUGGGAAAGGUGUGGAUAAAGGUGGGGGGACGGUUGCUCCGCAAAAGGACGCAAAAGGGAUGGUUGUCAAAGCCAGUGGUCCUGCCGGUGAUUUUCAAAAGGCGAAGCAACAAGCGCAGCCGGAGCCAAAAUACCUUCUCAAGCCACUGGCCGCAGAGGACGUUGGACGUAAAUGCCUCGUUCUGGAUCUUGACGAAACCCUUGUACAUAGCUCAUUCAAGGCUGUGCCGCAAGCAGACUUUAUUAUCCCGGUCGAAAUAGAUGGACAGGUCCAUAACGUGUAUGUAUUGAAACGACCUGGGGUGGAUGUUUCCUACAAAGAUUGGGACCACAGUUUGAGGUGGUGGUUUUCACAGCGAGUCUUUCAAAGUAUGCCGAUCCUGUCCUUGACAAGCUCGACCGACAUCGGGUAGUAAAGCACCGACUUUUCCGCGAAGCAUGCCUCCAUCACAAAGGAAACUAUGUCAAGGACCUAAGCAUGUUGGGACGAGAUCUCAAAGACGUUAUCAUCCUCGACAACUCCCCUGCUUCGUACAUUUUUCAUCCUACUAACGCAAUACCCAUUUCGAGCUGGUUCAAUGAUCCGAAUGAUACCGAGUUGUUGGAUUUGAUACCGUUUUUGGAGGAUCUCAAGAUGGUGGAUAACGUAAUGUUGGUAUUGGAUAAUUCGACAGAUGAUGGAUGAGGGGUUAAGCAAAAAGCUGAGAGAAACUGUUCCCUUUGGUAUUUUUUUUUUUAUUAUUACGUUGAGAAAAAUGUUUUGGGAAUGGGACUUUUGGGUGUUUUGUUUGUGUGUUUGUUGUUUUGGAAAUCUGUGUGGUCCUUGAUUCUUUUUGGGGUGCUGGUUGGGGUUGUUUUCUCUGGUGGUGUUCCCUCCCUUUUUUUUUUUUUUUCGUAGUUGCAAAUGGAAAUACCUCAUUUAUGUUUUGUGGGAAUAGUCCUUUUGCAAAGGGGGGCCGAACCCGCACAGGAUCAGGACCAAGAGUGGCCG